ACAGUUUUUCAAUCAGAAGAAAUAAGAAAUUGUCUACCUCAUCUUCCUCGGACGUCCAUGUAUACUUUACUGUAAAUAUGGCUCUUGAAACCCUUGGCUUGAUCUCACAUCCAAGCCUUCACAAGACAGCUGUCCCUCAGACUACGACAGGGAAUCCCUAUGAUCGUGAUAGCUGUUCAUACCUUACAAGAAAUAGAAACAUUUUCACAUUACUUGGUGUUUUGUACCUGGGCUAAGUAUGGCACUUGAGUCUCCCGAAUUAGUCUCACAUCUAGUCUACCCCUAAAGUAGCAGUCUACACGGAUUAAGUUAACAUGUGCCAGAAAAAGGUAACCUAAUGAGAAACAGAAAAUGAGACAAAUUAUCCAAACAAACAUGUAAUUGUAAAGCAAGGAGGCUUGAACCUGUCUUGUACAGAAGGAAAGUGGACAUGGAUCUGAAAUAGACUGUUACUGUAAGAGUUGCUUCCCCUACCUACCCGAUAACGAAAGUAGAACACUGGUUACUUCCUGGUUGUACAGACGGGAGGACUGCCCGCACACAGUGAUGGUCUCUCUAAUGAUGAGUUUGAUGACAUCUUAGAUUAAAGACACUGGUGGAUGACAGGAAAGAAUGAAGAAUGUUCAGAGAUAUAAAAUAGAACAAUAUACUUAGUCACUGAAUAUCAAUGGGAUGGAGAAACGUAAAGGACAGACGGAUGAAAGUCACACAGAGCAUGGAGGAUGUACACCACCAAAGCGCAGGGUGAAACACAAUGACGAUGACACGGCACCAGAUGGGGAAAACAAGGAACUUGCAGGUACUGCCACAGACAACCCGCAAGAAACGACCGAAGAAGCAGGCAGCACUGUGGAGAAUACAGAAAAUAUAGACAUUGAACAUGUAGAUGAAGCCCAAGGUGCCUGGAAUCGGAAUGUUGGUUCACCUCAGACCACCUAGGGGGAAGAGAAGGAUGUGAAGACAGUGAUAGGAAUGGCUGGAGGCACAGCCACCAAAUGCAACAUUGUAGGACAAGGAAACAUAUUUGUUAGCAAUCACGGACAUCAAGGCUGUGCAUCACAAGAGUCUCUUGGCAUCAGGAUCAAGCAGCUGAAUAAAGUGUUUAAGGAAACUUAUAUCUUUCAUGAAGCAGAAGAACUUCUGGAAAGGCACAACCAUGUGGCAAUUUGUGGAGCUCCUGGAGAAGGGAAAACAUGCACUGCUCUCAAGAUAUGUGAGAAAUAUCUCCACAAAAAACACGAAGUUGUAUUUGUUGAAAAUAUUGAAGUGUUUGAUGUGGAUACAAUCAUUCAACGAACAUGUGACAUGCUGGUUGUGUUUGAUGAUAUAUUUGGUUCUGCAGCGGUUCCUUCCAAUUUGGAGAAAAUUCGCAAAGUCUUGACAGCCCUGGUUGAUGCUUUGGUAAACAUUUCAAUCCAACAGGAACAAGCAGCCGAGAAUAAGCAAGAAGAGACUAAACAAACCCACAAACUCCACUUUAUUUUCACAUCCAGAAGCUACAACUUGAAUGAAGCAUGUGGAAGAAUGCACCAGUUCAAGGUAAAUCUUUUCAAGCCAGAAAGUGUCAUUGAUAUGACCAAGACCGGCCUGACUACCAAGGAGAAGGAAUCUAUUGUGAAUUCGUUUAGGGAAAGAAGUAAAUGUGAUAUCUCCUAUGAGGACAUGAAAACCAUUACUCAGUUACAAGACAGCAUGUUUGGAUUUCCUCUGAUCUGUCAACUGUAUUGUACCAACCCAGCCUUCCAGAUGCACAACAUUAUUGACUUCUUCCAGAAACCUGUGACCUACCUGAGAGGGGACCUUGACGCCAUUGUCCGUGAAGGCAGCAGCAGGUCGGCAGCUCUGGUUCUCCUCGUCCUGUGUGGAGGGAAAUUGAACCUUGCCUCUUUUAAGGGGAAGGAGAAGAGUCUCACUGAUCUGUUUCAGGCUGUAAAGGAGGAGAUAGCGUCUUGCACUCGGACAGGCAUUGGCAGGGAGAUCAUCAACUUUACUGGCACCUACUCUACAGUGGAGAAUCAUGAAGCCUCCUUCUCUCAUCCAUCCAUCUAUGAUGCUGCAGCAUGUGCCUUGGGGAAUCUCAAUGAAGUGUUUUUACUGGAACAUUGUUCCCUGCAGUUUUUAUAUGAAAGAGUGAGGCUGAACAAGGAUGAUCACCUAAAGACAACCCACACUGAUGAUGUCACAAACAUGAUCUGCAUCACCUCAAGUCUCCACCCGUUAGUGAUCAGCAGAUUGGUGGAGGGUGUCCGAGAAGGAUGCUUCAGAUGGACAGUAGGCCACCCUGUAUUCAGAAGUGCUCAAAUAGUCUCCGACUUCUUGACACAGAUGACGACAGACUUGCCAGAUGUUGUUCACAGGAAGGAUAAGAGCUCAGGUGAAUGUUUUCUGUAUUGGGUUUCACUGUCAACUAACCAUUCACUGUUUGAACGCUCAGUGUCACUGAUGUGUAGAGAGGGAAGUCUUUCACAUUCUGUACUCGCUGACUUUUAUGAUAGUAUCAUAGGCUGUACACAACAUGGCAAUCUCAGGCACCUGCAACAUAUUGCUGCUGUACUCAAACAACACGGGGAAUACGAUGUAGACAGGAGGACAAAGGGAGAGAAGACUCUGCUAAUGAUUGCUGCUGAGGCAGGACAGUUGGAUGUGUUCAACGUCCUUCUCCAAGAGGGAGCUGAUGUUUCAGCGACAGACAAGGACCGUUACAACUGUCUUCAUUAUUCAUGUAAAUCAGGAAGCAAAGAUAUUGUAAAUGUUAUUAUUGAGAAGUUUCAACACCUCAUCAAUGACCGCAAUCGUGAGGGAAACACCCCUGUUAUGGUGUGUACUGAGUCAGGGCAGGUUGAAAUCCUCAAGUUCCUUGUUUCACACAAAGCAGAUCUUACUCCUCAGAAUGUUUUCAAUGUGAACGAAAUAGCAUGUAUCAACGACCAUGUAUCGGUUGUAGAGUAUCUGCUGACAUGUGAACACAUAACCAUAGACAUGCAAGGAGGGUGGUCUAGACAAACAGCAGUUAUGAUGGCAGCCGAAGGAGGACGGUAUGAUGUUUAUAAUCUGCUUGUGUUGGAGGGAGCUGAUCUGUCACUUACUGAUGCAUACAUCAGGGACUGCCUGAUGUUGGCAUGUAGAGGAGGUAACGUGUCUAUAGUGAAACACCUCCUGUCCUUGAAAACAUUUAACAUCAACAGACGAUUUGGGUUUUGGAAUCAAACAGCAGUUACGUUGGCAGCUGAAAGAGGACACUAUGAUGUUUAUAAUCUUCUUGUGUUGGAGGGAGCUGAUCUGUCACUUACUGGUAGAAACAACAGGGACUGCCUGAUGUUUGCAUGUAAGGGAGGUAACGUGUCUAUAGUGAAACACCUCCUGUCCUUGAAAACAUUUGACAUCAACAGACGAUGGAGGUCACGGAAACAAACAGCAGUUAUGUUGGCAGCUGAAGGAGGACAUUAUGAUGUUUAUAAUCUUCUUGUGUUGGAGGGAGCUGAUCUGUCACUUACUGAUAGUUUCAACAUGGACUGCCUGAUAUUUGCAUGUAAGGGAGGUAACGUGUCUAUAGUGAAACACCUCCUGUCCUUGAAAACAUUUGACAUCAACAGACGAUGGGGGUCACGGAAACAAACAGCUGUUAUGAUGGCAGCUGAAAGAGGACAGUAUGAUGUUUAUAAUCUUCUUGUGUUGGAGGGAGCUGAUGUGUCUUUUACUGAUGGAGAUAGCAUGGACUGCCUGAUGUUGGCAUGUAAGGGAGGUAACGUGACUAUAGUGAAACACCUCCUGUCCUUGAAAACAUUUGACAUCAACAGACGAUGGGGGUCACAGAAACAAACAGCUGUUAUGAUGGCAGCUGAAAGAGGACAGUAUGAUGUUUAUAAUCUUCUUGUGUUGGAGGGAGCUGAUGUGUCACUUACUGAUGGAGAUAGCAUGGACUGCCUGAUGUUGGCAUGUAGAGGAGGUAACGUGACUAUAGUGAAACACCUCCUGUCCUUGAAAACAUUUGACAUCAACAGACGAUGGGGGUCACAGAAACAAACAGCUGUUAUGAUGGCAGCUGAAAGAGGACACUAUGAUGUUUAUAAUCUUCUUGUGUUGGAAGGAGCUGAUGUGUCACUUACUGAUGGAGAUAGCAUGGACUGCCUGAUGUUGGCAUGUAAGAGAGGUAACGUGUAUAUCGUGAAACACCUCCUGUUCUUGAAAACAUUUGACAUCAACAGACGAUGGGGGUCACGGAAACAAACAGCUGUUAUGUUGGCAGCUGAAGGAGGACAUUAUGAUGUUUAUAAUCUUCUUGUGUUGGAGGGAGCUGAUCUGUCACUAACUGAUGGACAAAACAGGGACUGCCUGAUGCUGGCAUGUAGAGGAGGUAACGUGUCUAUAGUGGAACACCUCCUGUCCUUGAAAACAUUUGACAUUAGCAGAGGGGAAGGUAACAGAAGGUUAGAGGAAUGUGAAACUUUGGCUAAAAUGAAUUAUUACAGCGAGGAAAUAGUGAAUCUUCUGAGGUACUCUUUUGAAUAACAUU